AUGUCCGAGCCCCAGGUCUGGUUCGUCACAGGAUGCUCCUCCGGGAUUGGACGAGAGGUCGUACUCGCUGCCCUCAAUGCUGGGCAUAGGGUCAUUGCGACCGCACGUAAGCCAGAGGCUUUGGCAGACCUAGUGGAUAAGGGUGCACAUGGUCUGGGACUCGAUGUCUCUGGGUCAUCCGCCGAGCUUGCGAAGGGUGUAGAGCCGGCACUCGCUGUCUAUGGGCGCAUUGACGUGCUAGUCAAUAAUGCGGCUCAGAUCAUGUUGGGCGCCAUCGAAGAGACAAGUGAAGAAGAGGUCCAGAAGAUAUUCCAAGUCAAUCUAUUCGGACCUCUUAAUCUUAUUCGCCUCAUUCUUCCGCAUAUGCGUGAGCGGAAGUCCGGUACCAUCGUAAAUGUAGGAUCUCAAGGAGGAACCUUGGGCUUCACUGGAAUGUCCUCCUAUUGCGGAACCAAGUUCGCUCUGACUGGCUACACGGAGAUAUUGGAUGCCGAAGUGAAGCAUCUCGGUAUCAGAGCCGUCUAUCUCGAACUUGGCAACUUCAGGACAGACAUCCUUGACCCGAAAGUGAAGAUGCUUCGCGCGUCUCGCUCGAUCCCUGACUAUCACACUCCUGACUCCGCUCUGACCGCUGGCGAAGCUUAUAUUCAGGCAACCAGUGGAAACCAGCCUGGCGACGCGAAGAAGGCUGGCGAAGUCAUCGUGCGGAUAUGCUCCGGGAAGGAUGAGAGGGGGAUCCCAGAGCGCCUGCCUCUGGGCACCGAUGCGGUUGCGAAUGGGAAGGCGAAAUUUCGCAGUCUCCUGGAAAAUAUCGAGAAAUGGGAAGAUAUAUCGAGGAGCACAGAUUUCUGAUGAUGUUGAUAGGAUAAAAUGCAACUCAAAGAAGAUUUUCCUGGGGAGGCCCAAGAAUGUGG